AUGGACGAGGGGGACCAAUUCAGAUGCUGGGAUGAGAUGAUCCCGGAUGCUCUGGGGCUGAUCUUCCGUAAGCUUCCUCUCGAGGACGUCUUGACCGUCGUCCCGAGCGUCUGCAAAUCCUGGAGGAGAGCCGUCGCCGGUCCCUACUGCUGGCAAGAGAUCGACAUUGAUCAAUGGUGCCAAGGAUGUAAUCCCGAGCUCAUCGGCCGGAUGCUGCAGAUGCUCAUACCCCGAAGCUCCGGCUCUCUCCGCAGGGUCUGCGUCUCCGGCAUCCUUGAUGAUCAGGUCUUCCACUACAUCGCCGACAAGUAAGCGAAACUUGCCGUCGGAGCUCGCCUGCUCUAUCCCCCCUGCGCGCCUGAAUUCCUCAAGAAAGAAAUCUUUUGACCAUAAGAUUCCUGCCGCUUCGUUGACAUUCCUUGCCCGCCGCCGGUCAACUGAUCCCCGCCUUUGUUUCUUGGUUUUUUUAAUCAUUAGCAGACAUCUUCUCGCGUGCACUGAUACCUGCUUGUUUCUUUUCUUCCGAAAAAUCGAACCUGUUUCUUCUUCCAGCGUCACUAAGAACAGAACAAUUAUUGGUCUCAUUUGAUUCGAAUUCCUUUUUAAUCCAGAACCCAUGUGGGCUAUCUAUCUGCAUCGAAUCCUCUCAAAGAAGAAAUUUAAUUUUUUGCAAGUGCGGGCUCCCUCCGGGCUCUGGAGCUGCCGCGGAGCGAGAUAAGCGACGGCGCGGUGGAACAGGCGGCGGCGAAGCUGGCCAACGUGACAUUCCUGGAUGUGAGCUACUGCGUGAAGAUGGGAGCGGCGGCACUGGAGGCGUUCGGGAAGAACUGCACCUCCCUGGUCGGGCUCCGGCGGGUGAUGCACCCGCUGGAGGCGGUAGACAGGCCCUCCCAGGACGACGAGGCCCAUGCCAUCGCCGCCUGGAUGCCCAAGCUCCGGCGCCUGGAGAUGGCCUACUCGCUCCUCACCGACGCUGGCGCCAUCGAGAUCCUCUCCGGUUGCAGAGACCUCGAGUUCCUGGACAUCCGCGGCUGCUGGGACGUGAAGCUCGACCAGAAGCUCCUGAAGGAGAACUUCCCCAGGUUGAAGGUCUCAGGGCCUCUCAUGGUGGGCCGCUGCGAGGAUAAUCACUUCUGGGACGACGACGACGACUUCGACGACUGUGGCUCGGAUUCCUCAGGCCACCUGCCGUGGGGCGACGCCGCAGGCGACUACUACGACGGCUUCAGCGACGCCGACGCCGAGUGGGACCUCGACGGGCUCGAGGUCAGGUUCUAUGGCGGCGGAUUCGAGGACGCCUCUGCUGCUCUGGACUGGCCGCCAUCUCCCUGA